AGACAAGGACAGAGAAACAAGAGGGAGACGGUUAAACUUAACGCAUAAAACGGCCAAUUGUUUUCUUUUAUGUCCUUGUGUUUGUGAGAUGGCUAACUUUCUUACAACCACCAUGGCUGCCACCACCACCACCCACCAAAUAAACCCAUAAUUAACCCCCAAAAAAAAGCCCAAAAAAGAAAAGAAGAUUUCUUUUGUUUUAUUUUUGUUAGAAAAAAAGGAAAAAAAAAAGGGUCAAGGAAAUUCUCCUUCUUUUUGUUCUUUGAAGAGCUUGACUUGGCUGGCCCCCCCAUUUUCUCAACUUUUUCCUGCAUUUCUUUGAUAUUUCCUUUCUGGGUAGUUCUUAUUCUGAUCAAAGGUUACAGCUUUUGGUGGCUUCUUUUUUGUGCCAAAAAGGUAAAAUAAUUUAUUUCUUCCUUUACGUUUUUUUCUUGGUAAAUGUGGGGGGCUACUGCAGAACCUGCUGAUUCUUAUUAUGAGGUUCGGCCUGAAUGCACUGAUGUUCCAAGAACCAGAUUUAAAAUCAAGCCUGGUAAAACUCUAAGUGCAAGAAAAUGGCAAGCUGCAUUUUCUCCGGACGGGCAUCUGGAUAUUGGCAAAACUCUUCAUCGAAUCCAACGUGGGGGGAUCCAUCCCUCGAUUAGAGGAGAAGUUUGGGAAUUUCUACUUGGCUGUUAUGAUCCUAAGAGCACAUUUGAUGAAAGGGAGCAGAUACGGCAGCAUCGAAGGGUGCAAUAUGCUAGAUGGAAGAAUGAAUGUCGUGACAUAUUUCCUGUUGUUGGAAGUGGCAAAUAUAUUACAGCGCCUGUAAUCACCGAAGAUGGUCAGCCCAUUCAAGACCCCUUAGUACUUUUAGAAACAAAUCCAGGAGCAAAUGCUAAUGGUUCAGAAAUGGUGAAGGAGCUGACCAGUCGUGGUCCCUUGGACAAGAAAGUAAUCCAGUGGAUGCUUACAUUGCAUCAAAUAGGUCUUGAUGUCAUUCGCACUGACAGGACUUUAGUAUUCUAUGAGAAGCAAGAGAAUUUGUCAAAACUUUGGGAUAUUCUCUCUGUUUAUGCCUGGAUAGAUACCGAUGUUGGCUAUUGUCAAGGAAUGAGUGAUCUUUGCUCCCCCAUGAUUAUCCUUCUUGAAGAUGAAGCUGAUGCAUUUUGGUGCUUUGAACGUCUGAUGCGCAGAUUGCGAGGAAAUUUCAGAUGCACUGAGAGUUCAGUUGGGGUGGAGGCACAACUUAGUAAUUUGGCUGCUGUAACUCAAGUUAUUGAUCCAAAACUUCAUCAACACUUAGAGACACUGGGUGGAGGUGACUAUCUCUUUGCUUUUCGAAUGCUAAUGGUUUUGUUUCGUCGAGAGUUCUCAUUUUGUGAUUCAUUGUAUUUAUGGGAGAUGAUGUGGGCUCUGGAAUAUGAUCCUGACUUGUUCUCUCUGUAUGAAGAACCUGGAACAAAUGUUGAGAAGGCCGAGGGUUCUAAAGGAAAAACAAAGUCAAUACGUCAGUGUGGGAAAUAUGAGAGAGAAAAUAUGAAAAUUAAAAGCUCAGAUGCUCCCCUCCCCAUUUCUGUUUUCCUUGUAGCCAGUGUCUUAAAAGAUAAGAGCUCAAAGCUACAACAAGAAGCUCGGGGCCUGGAUGAUGUAGUUAAGAUACUGAAUGACAUAACUGGAAAUUUGGAUGCCAAGAAAGCUUGCACUGGGGCAAUGAAACUUCAUAAAAAAUAUUUAAAAAAGGCCAAGAAGACAUAGCAUAAGCUAAACCAUGUGACGUUUUCCGCCCAGUCAUGAAAUAAUGAGAAUUUUUCUUGUAUACCACGACUUGAUUUGGGAGAAGAUAAUUCAUUUACUUCCAGAUGAAUCCUGGCUCAGAGAUUACAGUAUUUUAUAACUGCUCCAACCAUCAAAUGUUUUGCUAUAUAUGUGAUAUCAACCUUCCACAUUACUUGUAUACGAAAACACUGUUUACCGGGUCUCUAUACAAAUCCAUUGUUGUAUAGGCAUAUCUUGUGUUUUGUAACCAUUCAAAUUUCAAUGAAAUACAAAGAAAAUUAGCUGCUUAUGGAUGAA